AUGUUUGAUCCUGACUUCUCUGAUUCUCCCCUUCUUCCAGCACCCUCUUACUUAUCUCCUGAUAAGCCAUAUGGUGUAAAGACACUCUGCCCAUGCUCAGUUUGGUGUGGCCUUUUUUUCUUGGGAGAGUGCAUGUGAUCAGCACAGGGCCAAUCAGCACUGUCCAGACAGAGCUCAGGGGUCCUGCAUCCUCCUAGAGCAAAAUGAAAACUCCUCCUACAAGCUUUAACAUGUGCUUGGCUGGACACUGAUAGAAGUCACAAGACUGCUCUAACUGCUGAUGAGAAAAGAUAUUUAGAGGUUUAUAUUUACUAA